AUGACUGAAACUUCCAAUUAUGGAAAGGUUGGAGAGCGCUUAUUGCUCAACUAUAUCGAAGCCACAGCCUCUCAGAACCCCUAUAAGUUAGCUAUCUAUCAACUUCUCAUCUUGGAAGAUGGGGACUCCCAUGAGCCAAAAAUCGUUACUUUAAAUUACCAACAGUUGGUCAUUUUGAUUGACAAACUAUGCUGGAAAUUACAUCGAAGUGGUCUUAUACCCCAAACAACCGUUGCAUACUUGGGUCCGAGUGAUCUCAGACAUCUUUUGAUCAUAUUAGCGGCAGCCAAAUUACAAGCCAGGAUUCUUUUGCUUUCCCCGAGAGGGAGUAUUUCCAUUUACGAACACCUCAUGAAAGAGUGCCAGUGCUCGGCCUUGCUAUAUGAUUUGGACUUUGCAGAAACGGCCAAAAAGAUUUCCCAGAAACGAAGGGUCGAUAUACUUCAGGCUGGCAACCUGGAGGAAUUGCUCGGCGAUUUGGACCCAGUGGAGCACUACCCAUAUGAGGGAAGUUGGAGGUCACUCUCAUCUCUUCCAAUAGUGAUUCUGCAUACAAGCGGAUCUACGGGUAUGCCUAAGCCUGUACCGUUCACCCACUCUGCAUUGGGGGCGAUUGAUGCACAGCGCCUUAUAUCGCAGCAAGAUCCCAAAGCUAUGCAGACUCACCUUGAAAUUAUGUCCAAAUCUAAAAUGGUUUACAUCGCUUUCCCUCUUUUCCAUGUUGCUGGCUUUGCGUUAAGCUGUUAUCUCUUGAUUUCGGGCAGUGUUCUUCUAUUUGGAUAUCCUCGUCAGCCACCGAACAUUUCUAUAUUACGUGAUGCACUCAGAGUCAAAUCUCUUGAAGCGGCUUUAAUACCUCCUUCUAUCAUUGACGAUAUAGCGCGAGAUUCUGAGGUUUUGGAAGACAUAUCCCAGCUCCGGUACAUCCUCUCAGGCGGAGGCCCAGUUGCUCAAAAGUCGGGGGACAUAGUCGUUACAAAAACGAGACUAUUUGUUGGCCUGGGAAGCACCGAAUGUGGAUCGUUCAUUCAGUAUCCAACCGAUCCAACACACUGGAACUAUUACCACUUCCAUGCCUCGAAUGGUAUAAACUGGCAUCCAGUACUUGAAAAUUCAGAGGAACAAUCGACCGAAUUUGAAUUGAUUCUCCAUCGGGAUAGUUCUUGCAAACAAUACCAAGGCGUCUUUCACAACUUUCCUGAUCUUGACAAAUGGUCUACGAAAGAUGUGUUCCGAAAACACCCAUCAAUCCCAGAUUAUUGGGAGUAUCGGUACAGAGUUGAUGAUUUAGUCGUCUUCUCCACCGGCGAGAAAAUGAACCCAAUACCAGUCGAAAGGCGAGUCAGUGGUAUUCCCGGAAUCAAAGCCGCUCUGGUGAUCGGCAACAAGCAACCACGCCCAGGAAUACUAAUUGAGCUCGACGACCCUUACAAUAGCCUAAAUUACGACAGUGUUCUCCCACCUGAACUUCAAGGGCCUUUCAAGGAGGCGGUUGGUAUUGAGAAUGAUCGAAAUUCUCGAGAUGCGCAGAUCGACGAGAAAUUAAUUCUCAUUGCCGCCCCAGACAAAGAAUUUGCCCGAACACCAAAGGGAACAGUCAAUCGUAACAAAACACUUGAACAGUACAAAACCGAAAUCGAUGAUUUAUACCGUUCUAUGGACCCUUCGAAUGCAAAGGGUUUGAAUGAACUUACUCUAGACAUGACCUCCCAAGACUUGCUUGCAUCCGACCUGACUCGGUUGGUUGAAAGAAUUCUGGCGAAUGACAGCGAGUUGGAUCAACAAAGAAACGUCUUUGCUGCAGGACUUGAUUCCGGUCAAACACAAAUACUAGCUUCCGUCGUUGGAAAGGCUCUUGUGCGCCAGACUGGACAACUUGAGCGUGCUAUUACUGUCGAUACUGUUUAUCGCAACCCCACGCCCCAAAAGCUCGCCGAAUUCGUGAUAGGGUCUCAAAACCCACUUGGGGAUGAUUCGCAAGAGGCAAGCGAAUUCCAGAAGGUUUUACAAAGAUACUCCAAGGAAAUUCCCAAUUCCCCUGCAAAGCGGGAGUCAAGUGUUUCCACCGACCGUGGCGUUCAUGUUCUUUUGACUGGUACCACCGGAUUUGUCGGGUCUCACACAUUAAGAUCCCUUCUUCGUCGUCAGGAAGUCAGCCAAAUAACUUGUCUCAAUCGAAGUGGCGCAAACGAGUCGAAGAUUUGUCUUCAACGCUUUCCGGACGAUGAAAGCAAGAAUCACUCCGUCCAACUAGAUUCUAAGGUUGCCGACCUGUCCAAGCCAUUCCUAGGACUCUCCGAGGAGGUCUACUACGAACUGCAGAAAAGUAUAACGCAUAUUUUGCAUUGUCAUUGGGCAGUUGACUUCACCAGACCGUUGGAUUACUUCGAACCAAAUAUCAAGGGCCUCGUUAGUCUGAUUCAAUUUGCCCACACAUCCAAACACAAUCCACAAAUUAUAUUCCUGUCCUCUAUUGCUACAGUGACGAAUUGGAAAGAAGAUACACCUGUCCCAGAGGAAACGCUGAGAUCCCCGGAGACUACUGAGACAGCCUAUGGAGAAAGCAAGCUCAUCGCCAGUCUACUUUUAGACCAAGCCGCCACUUCAGCCGGUAUUCGAUCCUAUAUCUUCCGCUUAGGUCAAGUUGCCGGCCCUGUCAAUAAAUACACAGAAGACGGAGACAUGCCAUGGCCACGUCGCGACUGGUUCCCAACCCUCCUAGAGGCCUCCGUACAGCUUGACUGUCUUCCCGAAACGCUAGGAAUUGGAAAUAAGAUUGAGUGGAUGCCAGUCGACACCGUCGCUGAGCUCUUUUCUGAUCUAAUUUGUACCCCGAGGGUCUACGAAACGGGCAGUUUAACCAACACACGAUACUACAAUUUGGUCAAUCCACAGCAUAUCCUGUUUUCCGAUGUUGUCCCUAUGUUGGCAAAGCGCCUUGGGACGAAUGAAUCCCUGGAUAUUGUUCCCUUGCGGGACUGGGUGCAUCGUUUGUCACAGGGAAUCGAUGAACGGGGUUCUAGCACCAAUCCUGGUCUUCGUCUUCUUGGAUUCUUCCAGGGAUUGACUAGAUCUGAGAAAUCUGUAGUCAUAGAUACAGCAAUGAUUGAGGAGCGAUUCCCUCGCUUGGGUCAAGUCGGUGCAGUUAGUGGUCGCUGGAUAAGCCUUUGGCUUGAACAAUGGGGGAUGGCUUGA